GUAAACAAGAGCUUCACAGACAACACCUACCUAGCAGCUUUAGUCUGAGAUCACUAAAGCUCAGAGAAAAGUUACAGACAGUUUCUGCAGGUUACAGCAGAGUGGACAUGUACAGCUCAGAUAGAGCAUCAGAGAGCAGCUUUACAGCAAGAAUGAGGAGAGACUGAAGAUAAACUGAACAUGUCAGAUUAUGAAGUAUCUGUGCAGCAGCUUAAUGACCUGUUAACUGACGAGAAUGGAGAUUUCUGCAUGCCCUCCAAAGCCUUCAACCAAGUCUACCCUGGAAUUCUGCUGGGAAAUGAGUCUCUGGCCUUUAGUGUGGGUCGUUUGCAGGAGCAGGGGGUGACCCACGUCCUGAACGCUGCAGAAGGAGAUUCCUUUAUGCACGUCAACACCGGCGCAGAUUUCUACACAGACACGGGCAUUAUAUACUGUGGAAUACCAGCAUAUGAUUAUGACCACUAUGAUCUCAGCGUUCACUUCGAGGAGUGUUCAGACUUCAUAGAGGAAGCUCGAGCGUAUAAAGGAGGGGAAGGGAAGGUGUACGUUCACUGUCAGAAGGGUUACAGUCGUUCAGCUUCGUUAGUCAUUGCGUACCUGAUGCUGAAGCAAAAGCUGGACGUGCGAGCUGCUGUGGCCACGGUGAGAGAGAGACGGGAGAUCGGACCUAAUGACGGGUUUCUGCUGCAACUCUGCAAACUCAACGACAGACUGAAAGCCGAGGGGAAGCUGUGACCUUUCUAGAUCAACUGAUCCCAGAGAUCAUGUGUGCACUGACUGACACCUGCAAUAACAGUCCAGUGAACUGUUCCUAAUGACCGUACAGUAAUGUGUUGUUUGGGGAGUGAAUAUGAUUGAUUGUUUUAUAUGAUCAUUACAGAUAUAGAACAGAGUGAAGAUGUAUCCUAUAAGUAGAAGGAUUGUAUACAUCUCUCAGUUAUUUGGAGGAUUCAUAACUUCUGAAAAAUAAAACUAGCUUUUGUUGUAAUUAUUUCAAUACAGUGUUUACAUACUUUUAAGUAAAAACUUUUUAUACCACAAUUUGAUUGGCUGAGAGACGUUUUAGGAGGGCCAGUAUUGCAUGGUAUUGGCACUCUGACCAAAUGUAAUAGAUAUGACGUUAUGACAUUUACUAUAGCUGUGGUCCAAUCUGAAGGCAGCAUUUUAACUGAUAAGGAACCUUAUGAAGCAGCGCGUUUGGGACACGCUCUGGAGUCAGAAUACAUCAUCUAGUGCUCUGCUCGUGAGCUCUGUUUACUAAUUCAAUUUAUAACUCAAACAACUGCAGAUAUAUAUGUUUCUAAUUCACUUCUGAGCAAUGUACCCAUCCAAAUAUUACAGAUAAACCUAAAUAUUCACGAUUUACUUUACUUCAUAUUCAGAAUAUGGUCAGUUUUAUGUAUUUCUGAUUAGAUGCUUUGUAGAAAUGCAUGAGUAAUGUAACCAUAAUAUAAUAAAUAGUUUUUAUAAGCCAGCAAAGCUUAAUCAUCAAACUAAGCUAUGUUUCACCCAAUAGUACAUCUAUACACAGUCAGCUGAUCUAUUUUUAACUUUUCAUUGCACAAAACAAAAACAUAACAUGCGUCAUACGUUUCUUAUUAUUAAACUAUUAUUUGCAAAUAAAUGUGUGAAAUUUACCAAUAUCUACUAGUUCAGAGGUGAUACUACAAUAAGCAAAGACAACAAGCAAAAUUAAUAAUUUUAAGAGAGAAAUCUUCAUUAAAUUCAAAAUUAAAGUUCUUUAUAAAAGGAGCUAGCGCUGCCUCCAGAUGCACUGACCAGAGUUCAGCUCCCCUAUUAUUAGAGCCUCUUCCCCGGCCCAGUAAUCAAUUUCAUCCCUGGGGACAAAAUAAUCUGAAUUAGUAACAGCACUUCAUGGAAAAUAAUAGUGGAUCAUCAUUCUACUAUUUACACAUUAAAUCACUCAGUUAGAGAUUAAUUUAUAGUUAUUCCGGAUAACAGUUAAACUAUUUACACAUAAAUCACUGAGUUAGAGGUUAACCUACAGUUAUUCCUACUAACAAUUAAAGCUGUUACACUGUACGGCCACCUGAUGCUGCUCGCGCGCCAGCAUGAUUUAGCUUAGCAUGCUAGCGGGGGUCAGCUUAGCAUGCUAGUUGCAUUUGGACAGGACUGCCUUUGCUGUGAAGGAUACAUCUCACACUGCCUUCAGAAUCAGGGUAAAAUAAGGGCGCUGCCCAUGAAGGAUUAUAUGCUGCUCUCAAAAUGGGAACAGUCCUUAUCUCAGGAGUGUGCACAUGCUGGCUGAAAAUGCUGCCCCGUUCCCCACAUUUCAAAGCCACACUUGCCACAGCUGGUAUUUGAUGUGCCAUCCUGGAUGAGCUGCACUACCUGAGCAACGUCUGUGGGUUGUAGACACCGCCUCAUGCUGCCUCUAGGGAUGAGAGAACUGCAAUAGUGACCAAAACAUCAGCCAGGAAUGAUGAGAACAGAGAAAAGGUCUGUGGUUGCCACCUGCAGAAACACUCCUUUAUAGGGGUUGUCUGCUAAUUGUAUUGCCUCUCAUUCCUACCAGCAGCUGAAGUUGAUUCAGGUUGAUUUGUUUAAUUUACAUUGUGUUGUUUAAGAGAGCAGUGUAGUUAAAACUGUUAAACUGCCCAUCAUUUAUUAAGAGGCCAAACUAUUAUUAUGAAUGGCAUCUGUGUGCUACCAUUCCUUCACAGUCACAUGAACACAGGGUGUCUGGUAGUCUCCAGGAUCAUUUUCUGGCUGUGACAGCUUUUGCUGUUCACCCAAUUUAUCUGGUGCUGCUAACGGCACUGAUACUAAACCUACUGCCAACAUGGAGAUAUCAAAACUCUCAGAGUCUGAAUCUGCUAAUUUAUGCAUUGUUUAACCAAAGAAGCACAGAAUUAGAAGUGAAGAGAGCUGACGAGAUAAAUAAGAGCUUCGCUCUGAAAAGAGACUACACCACAAUGCACGAUUUAAACAUACUUUAGAACAUGCUUAAUGCAACUAACCAUUCUGAUCUAAAACAUAGAAAUGGUUACAUUACAGAAUCACUAAAUAAUUUUAAAUAACAUUACAUAAGUCUCAAAUACCUUUUUAAAGAUUUAAGUGGGUGUCACUAGACUAGCUGUUUGGAUUGUAAUCAUAAAAACACAAUGUUAUAGUUUGUGUAGAAUCUGUUUGAAGACUGUUACCAUGGAUGAGCUGCAUUCUGAAUAAAGCAGAGAUGAAAAGCUGUCAA